AGAGUUUGUAAAAUAGGUAUAUCAGUUAAUGCCUCGCUUAGUUAACAGGAUCAUGCAAGAUGAUGGUAUGAUGUAAGCUGCCCCUGGCUUGCUUUGCUUGGUAACGAGUUUAAGCCCUACAUGUACGAAGUACUGCUGUUUCUUGAUCCCGGGAGCUCUAUGUACAAUACGGAAUACCUACCUAGAAAAGACGCUGUUUAGCUAUUAUACAAUACUACUACAUACGGCUGACUCCGUACCCGAAAUACAAGAUUGGAUAGUUAAACAGAUAUUACCAUGUACGUAUCUGACUAUGUUAGAAACGGUCGCCAUAAUUUUGCAACAAAUAUUUAUAGUAACCACCCUAAUAUUGCUAAGCCAUCAAGCCAUUAUACAUAGUGUAAAAGAUCAGACCAAUACAGUAGAUAUCUGCAUAUUCAACUGUCCGACAUUUUCUAGCCUCCCCACCCUGUCCGGACUAUCAUCAUCUCUUAUGUACAGGAGCCGGCUGAAAGCUAGUCCUUUAGUUGAUGGCCAUAUACACACACUCAAGAAGAAGCUAUUCUGAACUUGGUUUCAACGGAACUGAAACUCGAGUUAUUUCCACUUGGAGAUAUUUCUUUUUGAGCCGCCAGGCGCUCCAGUGGGCCAACAUAUAAACUUGAGACGGCGGCGGCUUGGGGCGAGUUUGCAAAUCUUGACCGUUGAUCUCGCGGAGCUAACCGGUCCUGAGGCUCCAACUAGAAGUCUAAGUCGAGAGGGAUGCGCUUUUACCAGCCAAACUUGGUAGUGCCAUGAGCGGAAAAGAAGAUCGACAAAGGCUGAUGUAUAGGUACAUGGACGUUAGAAAUAGCCAUUGACCUGGGUAUGAGCGGGACACGACCUUAUCGAAAUUAAACGAUCUUCAAAAUCCCAAUUUGGGUGACGAAUGCAACACGUUAAUCGCAAAGUGACAGGAGUGGAUAAGCCAGUGGGAGAUGUAUGUACAUAGACAGAUUACAUUGUACAUAGUAGAGAC